AAUUUCUGCAAGAAAAUUAAGGAAGAAAGAGACUAAAAUAGAAGCCAGCCCAGCUCUCUGGCGCAUGUGUAGGCGCCGCCAGUGCCAACAAGAAUCAUCUCAUAUCCUAGCUGAUCUGAAUCUUGAAACAUGGAUUCUUCAUCUAAAGACCAGAAGCCAAGUGGUGGUGGUGGUUUCUUUUCUUCUCUGGCUUCAAGUAUUUCCAAUUUUGGGUCUGCUAUGCAAAAAUCUGUUAAUGGUUUGGUUGGAUACGAGGGUUUGGAAGUUAUAAAUCCCGACGGAGGGACUGAGGAUUCUGAAGUAGAAGCACAAAAAGGAAGAUGGAAGCAAGAGGAUCGGGAUGGUUACUGGAAGAUAAUGCACAAGUAUAUUGGUGCUGAUGUCACAUCAUUGGUGACACUCCCGGUUCUCAUUUUUGAGCCCAUGUCAAUGCUUCAGAAGAUGGCUGAGAUAAUGGAAUACUCUUACCUUUUGGAUCUGGCCGAUGAGUGUGAGGAUCCACAUAUGAGACUGGUGUAUGCAUCCUGCUGGUUUAUUUCUGUAUAUUACGCCAUGCAACGAACCUGGAAGCCAUUUAAUCCGAUCCUUGGUGAAACCUAUGAGAUGACUAAUCAUGGUGGAGUUACAUUUAUUGCCGAACAGGUCAGUCAUCACCCCCCAAUAGGUGCUGCACAUGCUGAAAGCGAACAUUUCAUAUAUGAAAUAACAUCAAAGGUGAGGACUAAGUUCUUGGGGAACUCUGUCGAUGUUUACCCAGUUGGAAGAACAAGAUUGACCCUGAAGAAAGCUGGUGUAGAAUUAGAAUUGGUUCCUCCUCCUUCUAAAGUUAACAACCUUAUAUUUGGACGUACAUGGGUGGAUUCGCCAGGGGAGAUGGUUGUCACUAACUUGACGACAGGGGACAAAGUCGUUCUUUACUUUCAACCUUGCGGUUGGUUUGGUGCUGGCCGCUAUGAAGUAGAUGGAUAUGUAUACAAUUCUGCUGAAGAACCAAAGAUAUUAAUGACUGGAAAAUGGAGCGAGUCAAUGAGCUAUCAACCUUGUGACUUGGAAGGAGAACCACUUCCAGGCACCCAACUGAAGGAGGCAUGGAAACUUGCUGAGGCACCGAAAAAUGACAAAUAUCAAUACACACAUUUUGCGCAUAAAUUGAACAGCUUUGAAACUGCACCAAAGAAUUUAUUGGCCUCUGACUCUCGCUUACGACCAGAUAGAUAUGCACUUGAGAAGGGUGACAUGUCAAAAGCUGGAUCAGAAAAGAGCAGUCUGGAGGAAAGGCAAAGAGCUGAAAAACGAGCACGAGAGACCAAGGGCCAUCAAUUUACACCUAAAUGGUUUGAACAAUCAAGUGAUGUUUUUACAACACCUUGGGGUGAAGUAGAAGUGUAUCGCAAUAAUGGAAAAUAUGCUGAACACCGGGCUGCCAUAGAUAGUUCCGACAGCAUUGAAGAGGUUGAUGUCAAAUCAAUAGAGUUCAACCCGUGGCAGUAUGAAGAUUUGACUGCAGAAUAAGAGACUGGUUCUGCACCGGUUCUGGCUCAUGCUACGAUUCAUUUCUUUAUCAUAUUUUGUGUGUUUUAUCACAUUAUUUUGUUAGCAUUAGAAUCAACGAACCGUUUAACUAUUAGUAUGCAUGAUUUUUGCUUACUAAUGAUCUUGGUUUUAUGGAUAUUGUAUAGAGUUUAAGCUUGUGAUCCAAAAGUUAAUAUUUGGUUUGUAA